AUGGCCAGCUCUAUGCGCGUCAUCUCGAAGGACGAGGCAUUCAGACUCUAUCCGAUGAAGGAUGCCGUCGAAGCCACAGAGGCGGCUUUUGUAGCAUACUCGCGGGGCGGGUGCGAGACACCUCUACGUACAUGCCUCCAGGUUGGAGAUCAUGGUUCAACGCUCUUCAUGCCUGCUUCUACGGGCGAGUCUGUGGGUGUGAAAAUCGUGUCUGUUCGAGGGGGAAAUCGAGCACGCGGCUUGCCGACGGUUCCUGCUCUUUAUUGCGAUGUGGACGCAUCGACAGGGGCUGUUUCUGGCCUGCUCGACGGAGUUGCGCUGACUUACCUGCGCACUGGCGCUGCCUCCGGAGUUGCCGCCAAGCAUCUUGCUCGAGCAAACGCCAAGACUGUUCUGAUUAUCGGUUGUGGAAUGCAAGGCCGUGCCGCACUGGAGGCAAUCAAGGCUGCCCGCCCCAGUAUUGAGAAGGCCAUCUUUGUCGAUAAUACUAAAGAGGCACGCGAUGCCAUUGCUUCCUGGGCCUCUCAGAGGCUGGGUCUCGCCACCGUCGAUGGAGGGUCUGGGUUCGAGGCGGGGACUGCCGCAGCAGCCAGGGCAGACAUCAUCGUCACUACGACUGCUUCCAGCGUCCCCGUCUUCGAUGGCAAGGCAGUGCCUAAGGGGGCCCUGGUUUCCUGUGUAGGCGCAUAUCUUCCUAAUUGUCGCGAGGUGGAUUCGCAUCUAAUCGCGCACGCCUCCGUCUACGUAGACACUAGGAGCGGGGCACUCAGCGAAGCUGGAGACCUCUUAAUACCCAUCGAAGAGGGUGUCUUUAGUGCAGACAGAGUCAUCGGAGAGAUAGGCGAGGUCGCUGCAGGCCGCUGCCGUGGCCGCCAGAGCGAGGACGAGGUGAUCGUUUUCAAGACCGUAGGUUCUGCUGUUCAGGACGUCGUAGUAGGCCACGAGAUCUGCCUGAGAGCCUCUCAGGCCGGAGUGGGAACUGUCAUUUCUAUGUGA